GCGCGGUGGGAGUUGGUGGUGGCGGCGGAUAACCACAUUACCCAUAAGUCUGCGGUGCGCGGCGGCGGCGGCUGAGCCAAUGAAGACACGAGAGGGUGACGUUGGCAUGCGUGCGCACUGGGUGGGGGGCGAGACUUCCGGCGUCCACUCUCAGUGUCGUUUUAGUUGCUCUCGGUGUCACGGGUUCAGGGAUUCUCAGGCGCGCUUGGUUGGCGCAGAGGUGACGGAGUGGGAGAGCGCGGAGAGAGUCGCUGUCCUCAUCGCUGAGGCCACUGCGAGGCGCCCUUGCCCCCGUCCGGUCGCCCGCCGCGUCCCGCCCCGCUCUUCCCACUGGUCGGAGGCCGAGGCCGCGCCGGUGAAGCCGGCGCAGGGUCCCAUGGCAGUGGCAGAAAUGCUUAUGGACCCCGUGCAGAGCCGCGUGGUCUUUGAGGACGUGGCCAUACACUUCUCCCAGGAAGAGUGGGGCCUCCUUGAUGGAGCUCAGAGACUCCUGUACCGUGCUGUGAUGAUGGAGAACUUGGCGCUUCUGUCCUCCCUAGGUUGUUGGCAUGGAGCACAGGACGAGGAGGCAUCACAGGUCAGGACUCCAAAGCCAGACUCUUCCGUCCAGGAGGCCCAGUGUGAGAAAGACAUGUUGCCCUCGGCUGAGCAGGGUGGAAUGUACUCUGAUCAGGAACUAUAUAUUUGUGGGGCAAACCAAAAGGAAUGGAUUGAAGACCAGUUUUCUAGAAGGGAGGAGGGGAGGCCUUCCUCUGCAACGAACGACAGUGUUCACGUGGCAGAGAGUAGCUGCACGUGUUGCAAAGACGGAAAGGACUUUCCGGCCGGCACGGGCCUGCCCCAGCCCCUGACCCCUCGCAGUGCAUUGAAACCACACAGGGACCCCGAGUGCGGGGAGGCCUUUGAAAGCGGACAGAGUGAUUACAAGUGCAUUCAGUGCGGGAAGGCCUUCAGGCAAAAACAGGUACUUGGUGAGCACCAGAAAAUCCACACUGGAGUAAGACCUUACGAGUGCAGCAAAUGUGGGAUGGCCUUCAUUAGAAAGUUCCACCUUGUUCAGCACCAGAAAAUCCACACUGGAGAAAGGCCUUUUAAGUGCAGUGAAUGUGGGAAAUUCUUUCGGUACAACUCCACACUCGUUAGUCACCAGAGAGUUCACACUGGAUUAAGCCCUUAUGAAUGUAGCAAAUGUGGGGAAUUCUUUAAGUACAAUGCCAACUUCAUGAAACAUCAGAAACUUCACAAUGGAGAAAGGCCUUAUGAAUGUAGAGAAUGUGGAAAAUUCUUUAGGUACAACUAUAGACUCAUACGACACGAGAGGGUUCAUACUGGAGAAAGGCCUUAUGAAUGCAGCGAGUGUGGGAAAUUUUUCAGGUACAGCUCCACGUUCAUUAGGCAUCAGAGAGUUCACACUGCAGAAAAGCCUUAUGAGUGCAAUGAAUGUGGCAAGUUCUUUAGGUACAAUUCCACACUCGUUAAACAUCAGAGGGUUCACACUGGAGAAAGGCCUUAUGAGUGCAGGGAAUGUGGGAAAUUCUUUAGGUACACCUCUACGCUCAUUAGACAUCAAAGAGUUCACACUGGAGAAAGGCCUUAUGAGUGCAGCUUGUGUGGGGAAUUCUUUAGGUACAAGUCCAAACUCAUGAAACAUUGGCAAAAUCACACUGGAGAAAGGCCUUAUGAGUGCAGCGAAUGUGGGAAAUCCUUUAGGUACCACUGCAGACUCAUUAGACAUAAGAGAGUUCACACUGGAGAAAGGCCUUAUGAGUGCAGCGUGUGUGGGAAGUUCUUUCGGUACAACUCCAACCUUAUUAAACACUGGAGAAAUCACACUGGAGAGAGGCCUUAUGAGUGCAGUGAAUGCGGGAAAGCCUUUAGCCACAAGCAUAUACUUGUUGAGCAUCAGAAAAUCCACACUGGAGAAAGGCCGUAUGAGUGUGGCAAAUGUCAGAAGGCCUUCAUUAGAAAGUCCCACCUCGUUCAUCACCAGAAAAUCCACAAUGAAGACAGAUCUAUGAGCACCAUAAAUGUGGAGAAGGCUUUAGAUACAACUCCAACCCAUUAGUGGAGAAUUACACUCAAAGCAACUUGUAAAUGCAGCGAAUAUGGUGAAUCUUUUAGGUACCACUUUAAGCUCAUAACCCUGGAGAAGCACCUUAGAAGUACAGUAAAACCUUGGUUUGAGAGUAUAAUUCCUUCCAGAAACAUGCUUGCAAUCCGGAGCAC